ACCUAUGGAUUCUAUGCUUCUAUGAUUCCAUGAUCCAACCUGAACCUCCCCUGGUGCAACUUAAGGCCAAAUGCUGGGCACACAUUUUUUGGAGCACAUGCAAAGUGCACAGUACCCCAGCAAGAGAGAGGAGGAUGUUAAGAGUACUGCUGACAUUUAAUGGCUGUUAGUAGUUAUUUUGUGAGUUUAUCCUGGUUUCAGAGGGCUGAUGGAGCAGGUCCCUGUCCCAGCUGUGUCACCUGCCGUCAUUCCUCUUCUGCAUUCAGAUAUAAUGAGCGCAUGAUGGGAUGAGGCACCACCAGAGCUGAUCUCCUUAUACUGAUGUUCUCCUCGCACCUACGGCUAAUAGCAGCAGCAAAGAUCAACAUUUAACCUUCUGUAAAAGGCCAAAACAGCACCCACAUUUCAGCCGAGCUGACUGCUGUUUCCCACAGCUCUCACCAGCCAAAUUUGCACACUCCACAUCACUUUUGUGAUGAAGUUCCCUCACAGAACAGCCUGUUUGCUUUUACCGCGUUUACACCAAGAUUUAUGGCAUGCCACUUGCUCACUAGCGGAGCUUCUCAACGUGAAAUGUCAGUAAAGCCUGUUAUAUAUUACUUCUGGCACUUCUACUCUAUCUUUUAUUUGGCUGGGAGUAUUUCUGCCUGAAAGUGAUAAAUUCCCGCUAGAGCCGCUUUAUCUGCUCCAGUAAUUACAGCGUACAGGGGAGGCGGGGGCAGCUCCCUCAGAGCAUCCCGCUGCGGGAGCAGGAGUCGAGCUGAGCCACCGGGCGUUUCCAUAAAAACACCUCGGAACACGAAACACCAGCAAAUCAACGCGGACCACCCCUCAGCUCGCCACCCGCCACUCCCCUCAGCCCCUUCCAUCACGCGCAGCCCCCCCUCCACCCCGCGCGGGAAGCGCGACUGCCUCAGGGCGGACUCCCCAGAUACGCAUGCGCGCAGACAGGCGAGAAGCGCUCGGCGCCUGCGCAGUGGAGGCAGGCGGGGAAUUUGCAGUGGCGGCAAUGAUGCGUGAGGUGCUGCGCGGCCGCUCGGGCAACAGGCUGGUCCCGGGUGGCCAGCCCGGCCCCACUGCCCCUAUGGCGCUGCCCUGGGUACACACCCGAGCCGCUUUGGAGCGGCUGGAGAAGGCGCUGAGCUGUUCUCGCUGUGCCGGCGUGCUGCAGGAGCCCAUGUCUCUGGGGGGCUGCGAGCACGUCUUUUGCCUAUCUUGCGUGGGCGACCAUGUUGGCGAAGGGUGCCCAGUGUGCCACGUGCCAGCCUGGGUGCAAGACGUGCAGGUAAACCGUCAACUGGAUGAUAUGGUCCAGCUUUGCAGCAAACUGAGGCAUCUCCUGGGUGCAGGCAGCUCAGAUUCAGUGGAAUCUACACCAAUGUGCUCAGACUUUGGAGAAAACAGUAAGAAGCGACAGAUAAAAAUGUGGCUCAGCCCAAGAAGUAGGAAGAUUCGAUGCAUCGUGAACAAGAAUCAGGCAAAGACUAACAGUAAUGACCCUUGUCAAGACCCAUCUUCGGUUUAUCAUUUCUUUCCUUCCCCUGAUCAUGAAAAGCCCUCCAAACCAACAAGAAAGCCAACUCAGAGGCAGAGUAAGAAGAUGAAAAAAAAACGUCUAGCAGACAUCAACAAAGUGUGGGGUUUAGAGAAGCCUGAGCAAAAAGGAGGGGUUGAGGAGAAGACUUCCAAGGAAAAGUGUGUGACCAUUUGCAGUGAGCCAGUAGUCCUAUGCACUCCAGAACCAAAUAGCCCCAAAGAGACACUUCCACAGGUGUUUAUACAGGAAGCUGACUCCACCAAAAACUUGGAAGAAGUGGAAGUGUCUCCAGAGGUGAAAUCCUUAGAGGAGAAAGAUAAUGAUGAGGUUGCCUGUCCUGUACAAAUCAGCAAGGAAAAAAACUGUGCUGCCGAGAAAUCACUGUCAAUAGAAAGCGAAGCAAUGCCUUUGAAACGUGGAAGGGAGCAAUCAAAACUCCCAGUCACUUCUCAGUCUAAAAGACGAAGAAGUGAGGGGAGCCUCAACAGGAAUUCAGACAGUCAGACUUCUUGCUCAGAGGACUUGUCUCAGGAUUGCCCUAUCCUCCAAGUGACCGAAUCCAAGACACCUGUUCAGAUUGGUGGCAUUGUAAUGAAGACAAGAAGCUCUGCAGCGAGAAGUAGUCCUUCAUUUCCAAAAUCUCCCUCUACUCCAUCUACUUUCAAGCCUUGUAAUCAAGUAGGAAUACCACAGAGUCCUUCUGUGUUCAAGUCCCCUGGUAGUAACGCAAUUGCCAGAAGAAAUUUCAAAGGGGAGACUUUGCUCCAUAUUGCUUCUAUCAAGGGUGACUUAGCAGCCGUUGAAGAGCUGCUGAAAAAUGGGGCGGAUCCCAAUGUUAAGGACAAUGCUGGCUGGACACCACUGCACGAGGCAUGCAAUCAUGGGCAUCAAGAGGUGGUGGAGCUGUUGCUGCAACACAAAGCGCUGGUGAAUUCUGCAGGGUAUCAGAACGAUUCGCCCCUGCAUGAUGCUGCCAAGAAUGGGCACGUGAGCAUUGCUGAGCUGCUGCUUCUGUAUGGUGCCUCUCGUGAUGCAGUUAAUAUAUUUGGUCUGCGGCCUGUGGACUAUGCAGAGAGUAAAAAGAUGAAGUCUGUGCUGAUGUUACCAGUCAAGAAUGAAUCAUUAUCAUUUAGCCAGCCCUCUGAGAGCCCAAGCCAGCCUAGAGAUGGACCUCUUGGUAUCCUGGGGAGCAGUCUUAGUUCAGAACAACAGAAAUUGCUGAACAAGCUAGCAACGGUUCUGAAGGCUCGAAGGUGUACUGAAUUUAACAGCACAGUAACCCACGUUGUUAUUCCUGAUGUUCCAAUGCCGAGUACCGUCAAAUGUAUGAUGGCUGUUCUGAGUGGAUGUUGGGUCCUCAAGUUUGAAUGGGUACAAGCCUGUCUACGAAGCACAGUUCGAGAACAAGAAGAAAAGUAUGAAAUCCAGGGUGGCCCACAAAGAGGCCGGCUCAACAGAGAACAGCUGCUGCCUAAGCUGUUUGAUGGAUGCUACUUCUAUUUUUUGGGAUCUUUCAGUAGUCACCAGAAGAGUGAUCUUGUGGAGUUGGUCAAAGCAGCAGGAGGACAAAUCCUGGUUAGGCAGCCGAAACCAGACAGCGAUGUGACACAGAUGAUCAACACAGUGGCAUACCAUGCAGACUCUACUUCUGACCAGAGAUUUUGCACUCAGUAUGUCAUCUAUGAUGCAUCUUCUAAAUUCAAACCGGAGAAAAUUCGUCAAGGCAAAGUCUGGUUUGCUCCCUCCAGCUGGAUUGUAGACUGCAUAAUGUCAUUUCAGCUGCUGCCUAUAAAGUGAACAUCCCUGUCUCAUGAGUAAGACCUUUUAAAAAGUGGUGAAUGAGCAGCUGGAAAACACUGGUCUGAAGCUAUGAUUCAUGUUUUGCACUUGGUAACUCAUUUACAUCGUUAAAGCUCCUCUGUAUUCCAAGAUCACUGGAAUACAUGGCCUUACAAUGGAAGAGGGAGGAAAAGAUGCUGCAUUGGAAAGUUGUGCCUUCAAUUAUUUAGUAAGCUUUAUUUUUGCAUUUAACUUCACUGUAAUAAUCACUGACACUUUAUAACAUUUUGCAAAAUGAAACCUUUUGAAUUUUGACUUAAAUUAAGCUGUAGUUGCUGAUAGAGCAUGACCCUGUUUCUUUUGCCUUUAGUGUGCAUUGACAAGGAUCUACUGUGUGUGUCAAGACUUCCCAGCCAGGCCAGAAUGUGUAUUUAAAAAAAAAAAAACACAACUCACGUGCCUGUAUGGAUACCAAUUAGAUGAUGUGAUGCUCCUUGUAGCUUCUUAAAACUGAAUGUUAUAGGAAAUUCUUGGCAUAGGGUAAGCCUUAUAGAAAUUGAAGCAGAACUCAUUUGAAAGCAAAGUUUGGAAAGUGCAUCUGUGAAAAUCUUGUUCUAAAAUCUCUAUUUUUAUCAAGAGUCGUGCUUUAUUCACUUCCAUUUAUCUUCUCACUUGUAUGUGUGUAACUUGAAUUCGAUGCUAUUUUCUGAGGUUUUUAAGUGUCAAACCUUUAUUAAAUUAUGAUUAAAAAUAUGUACUUAGAGAUCGAUCGCUAUCAUGGUUACAUGAAAAAAAAAUGCAAAAGAUUUAUGCCUUGCACCAUUGUAUUAUAAUGUACUUGGCUGCAUUGGAGCGGUACUUGAUUCUUCCUUCUGUAAUCUUAUGACCUGUAAGCAUUACAUGGCAUGUAUUGCUUUUGUGAAUUCGUAACUUAAAGAUGUUGUCUUUGCCAUGAUGUGCAAUGAAAAUGAUGGUUGUGGGAGGGAAAAAAAUGAAGUUGUUUGUGCUUGGUGUUUGUAUUGCUUGCAAUAAAACUUAGUGUCAGUCA